GCUGCAGAGACUGACACAUCCUCCGGCUGAAGGUGGAGAGCAGGCACCAGGCGCAGAGAAGAGCAGGGACCAGCGUGGUCUACUAGGAAGGCGCUCACCUGCCCAACAUGCACCUGCUGACCCUCACCGCACUGCUGCUGACAGGUGCCGGGAGCCGUGGAGACUUUGAUGUCCCAAUACAGAUGGCUGGCAUAACUGGUUCACUCUCAAUCGAUACCACCACAGGAAUUCUCAGCGCCAAUCUGACCGGAGCAUGCGGUAUGGUCAAUAUUUCCAUACAUGAGUUUCCGGUGAUAUACGGAGCCUCGCGGAAUCCCUGUGACGUAGGGGCCAUUGGACCGUCAUGUUACAACGUCACAAUGAAAGAAGAUGGACAAGUGGCAAUUGAUAGGAACGUUAGGUAUGAUGGGCGCUCACUGGCUUUGGAGACCUGUGGCCAGCAGAUAUGUGUGAAUCUCGUAGGCCGAAAUGGCUCUCAGACCUCUUGGAAAGCUAUUUUCCAUUCCUUCAUCAUUGGCCAAGUUUAUUUCCUGACGUCGUCGUCUCUGGACUCCAUCACAGCUGUGGUGGAGCUUGCAGUUCUGGAAGGGAUGUCAAUGUCUAAUGCCUCACUGUUCUUCUCAGACUCGUGCCAAAUGACUAAUGCCUACAGUUUGGGCAGCGCUGAAGUUGGUAGCAACCAAAAGUUUGCAAAGAACCGCAUAGAACUGACAAAUGUUACUGUUAUGGAAUUUCUUCUCUUGCGGUACCAAGAGAGAUGGUUAUGCGCAGAAGUGAGGGCAAUAGAGCCAAAAGAGGCAUCUGCCCUGUUCAGCAUGGCAGGUGUUAGUGGAUCUUUUACAUUCAGACAAGAGACCCCCUUUCACCCCACUCAGAUCACCAUAGACCUAAGGGGUCUCAGGGGCCUUGCUGGCCAAUACACCAUUCACUCUCUACCUGUUCUUGGCCGUCAAGAGCCAGGUCAGGACCUAUGUAGCCCAGCAGGUAUUGGGCAGCUUUGGGAUCCUUUGGAAGAUAACCGUUACAAUAUGACAGAGGGGAUUGGCCAUAGUUUUUGGCAAAUUGGAAACUUGAGUAAUCGUCACGGCUCGCUUAAGGGUCAUGAGAACUAUAAGGCAGCGUUAGUUGACUUUAAUCUGCCACUUUAUGGGAAGAACAGUGUCAUAGGUCGCUCUGUAGCUAUAGCUAAGGUAAGUGGUGAUGAGUGGGUAUGCAGCACCAUACGGCUGGAAGGAGAAGUUGUCAGAGCUCAAGCAUUGUUCCAUAAAGGUGUGAUAGGUAAGGUCAUGUUCCAGCAAGCUCCAAGCAAUCCCUACAGUGACCUCUCCAUAUAUAUAGAGCUCUCCCAUGUCUCAGACUCCAUCAGCAGAGGCCACAAUUGGCACAUCCACACAUUUCCACUGCGGACAGAGACUGCCAACUGUACCAAUGCUGGGGGGCACUUCAACCCAUACAAUGUAUCCACUGGUGGAAACUACAGUCAGGAAUGCCAGCCAUGGAAUCCACUGCGGUGUGAGGCUGGAGACUACGCCGGGAAACACACUCCGAUAUCCCUUUCUGCCCCAACUCCAGCACGAUAUGUAUUUACUGACACAACAACUUCCCUCACAGGGCUAAAUUCCAUCAUAGGACUACCUGUGGUCAUCCAUGGACCAGAGGGUGCAUCCAUACGUGUGGCCUGUGCCAACAUUCUAGCCCAGCGUAUCAGCGAAGGCCGGACAGGUGCCUGGUUCGGCUCUGGUAGCGCCCAAGGACAACUUAAAGCUUCACAAGCCUCAUGCACUGAACCAACACUGGUGGAUAUCAAUUUCCAAGGGCUGAGAGGCCUUGCAGGAGGCUACCACAUCCAUCUGCUCCCAGUAAGCGGCGGAUCGCAUGACCCAUGCUCAAAUGAUACAAUCAAAGGUCACUUCAACCCUUUCAGCAUAAAUAUGUCCUCAUCUCCGGCAGCUGGGAACGGGACAGAUGAUGAGUAUGAGGUGGGCGAUCUCAGUGGCCGACACGGCUCUUUAGCAAAUCAAGACAACGUGACGGAGCAAUACACAGACACCAACCUGCCCCUGUCUGGCACACACAGCGUUCUUGGACGAUCACUGGUUAUUCACUAUGCAAAUGGAUCCAGAAUGCAGUGUGCCAGCUUCCUGCCUCAUUUGCCCCCAGACGGAGCGUGGGUUCGAGCUGCAGCAGAAUUUGGUGGCAAGAUAAGAGGAAGAAUCUCUCUGAGCCAGAUCGUGUACCCAGACGGAGGAUCCAGUGAUACCACAAUUCUGGUGGAUCUACAGUCAACGUCCUCCGCUGCAGAGAAGGUUCCGAGCCUCGACUGGUCCAUCCAUACAGAUGACAGAAACGAGGAGCGUUACAAUCCAUACAAGUUACCCAAUCAGUCUGGUAACUGGUCCUGGUGCACAUCUCAGAGUCCUCAGCACUGUACAGUGGGAGAUCUGACUGGAAAACACGGCCCAAUAAGUCCAGGGAGCAACGUGCUGGUGACAGACAUCAACCUACCUCUGGCCAGAGACUUCACAGUUAUCGGGAGGAAGAUAACAGUCAGAGGGGACAACCUGGAGCUUUCCGCGCCCAUCCGUCCCGAUGUCCCCGUUACAUCGCUGCUGCUCCAGAAGGUGACACCAUUUAACAAGUCAGCGUUCCAGGAGGCUGUGUCUCACACGCUGGGUGUCCCGUCGUGGAAAGUGACAUUGUUACCUGAUGUCCAAGACAACAACACAUUGUGUCACCGGGUGGACUUCUUCAUCAUCGGGUAUACCGACACAGCCGCACUGGACUCGUUACUCGCUCAGGAAUCGCUGAAGCCGCAUUAUCCCAUUGCUCCCUGCCAUGUGGGAACAUUAUCGUCCAGAGCCAGUGUGAAUCUGAGAAGUACCACACAGUUCCUGCUCCUAUUCUGUGUCUGCUGGAUGCUCUAACCCUCAGCUUCCAAAGACUCCUCAGCUUCCAGAGACUCCUCAGCUUCCAGAGACCCAUCAGCUUCCGGAGACCCAUCAGCUUCCAGAAACAUCUCAGCUUCCAGAGACACCUCAGCUUCCAGAGACCCCUCAGCUUUCAGAGUCCCUUCAGCUUUCAGAGACCCCUCAGCUUCCAGAGACACCUCAGCUUUCAGAGUCCCUUCAACUUCCAGAGACCCCUCAGCUUCCAGAGUCCCUCCAGCUUUCAGAGACCCCUCAGCUUCCAUAGACCCCUCAGCUUCCCUGAGACCCCUCAUCUUCCAGAGUCCCUUCAGCUUCCAGAGACCCCUCAUCUUCCAGAGACCCCUCAUCUUCCAGAGACCCCUCAGCUUCCAUAGACACCUCAUCUUACAGAGUCCCUUCAGCUUCCAGAGACCCUUCAGCUUCCAGAGACCCUUCAGCUUCCAGAGACCCCUCAGCUUCCAGAGACCCCCUCAUCUUACAGAGUCCCUUCAGCUUCCAGAGACCCCUCAUCUUCCAGAAACACCUCAGCUCCCAGAGACACCUCAGCUUCCAGAGACCCCUCAGCUUCCAGAGACCCCUCAUCUUCCAGAGACCCCUCAGCUUCCAGAGACCCCUCAUCUUACAGAGUCCCUUCAGGUCCCAGAGACCCCUCAUCUUACAGAAAUACCUCAGCUCCCAGCGACACCUCAGCUUCCAGAGACCCCUCAGCUUCCAGAGACCCCUCAGUUUCCAGAGUCCCUUCAGCUUUCAGAGACCCCUCAGCUUCCAGAGACACCUCAGCUUCCAGAGUCCCUUCAGCUUUCAGAGACCCCUCAGCUUCUAUAGACCCCUCAGUUUCCCUCAGACCCCUCAUCUUCCAGAGUCCCUUCAGCUUCCAGAGACGCCUCAUCUUCCAGAGACCCCUCAUCUUCCAGAGACCCCUCAGCUUCCAGAGACCCCUCAUCUUACAUAGACCCCUCAUCUUACAGAGUCCCUUCAGCUUCCAGAGACCCCUCAGCUUCCAGAGACCCCUCAUCUUACAGAGUCCCUUCAGCUUCCAGAGACCCCUCAUCUUCCAGAGACCCUUCAUCUUCCAGAGACCCCUCAUCUUCAAGAGACCCCUCACCUUCCAAAGACCCCUCACCUUCCAGAGACCCCCCAGCCUACAGACACUCUUCACCCAGUCUCAUCAUAUCAGUGACAGUUACUAAUUCCAUAUCCCGGGGACCCUGUGUCUAUAUCUCUGGUAGAGAUAACAUGUGUGCCCCUAGAACCCUCUCUGGCACUGCCCUGCAGUAACUAAUAACACUGGCCACAGUCAGCAAUGGUCUCAGAGACAGAUUCCCAGGUAACAAGAAAUGGAAAAUGGGUUAAAUGGAAAAUGUUCCAAUGGGGAUUUUUGUACCUGAAAACUGUCUGUUGAUUGUGACACCAUCGCUGUGUACUCUGAGGAAAUAUUAUUUUUAAAGUAUUUGUCUUUUAAUUAGGUUGUUUUUUUGUUUUGUUUUUUUUUUAGCUUAGGAUGACUGUAGUUUAUUGGCUUCUGUGUGUUACUGUAGUGUGUAACUUUAA